GACUCUGAUCCGUGGAGAAAUUAAUUGAUACUGGAACUCCUAUGUAGAUGCUUAACCUGAAAGUUUCUGCCCCCGCAUUUUAUAUCAUCUUUAACCAAAAACGAAUCUCUUAGCACAGAAUGUUCCAGAUUAUCCAUCUUCAGUUCUAGUCUUGGGUAUGAUGAACCAUGACUUCUGUAGUUUUCAUACCAAACGGUCAAACUUCUCUCCUCACCUACCAGUAAAAACCUUACUCUCUAAGCAUUCAUCUCAACCUUACUUUUCCUGUUCUAUAAAUUGGGUGAAUCAACCGAGUAGUUGCCAUAUAUUGCAAGCAUCAACCAAGCCAAAGGAAUUGCGAAAGAUAUGUCGAGUGAAAGCCAGAUAUGGGUAGUUCCAUUCUUUGGGCAAGGCCAUCUGUUCCCAUGCAUGGAACUAUGCAAGCACAUUGCCUCGCGCGGUUUUAAAACAACCUUCAUCAUUUCCUCUAAUCUCUCUUCCUCUGUACCUUCCUCCUUCCAGGAGCAUCCUCUCAUUGAAGUUACCCAAAUACCUUCUUCGCCGCUGUCUCCACCAGAGCCCAGUUCCAAUCCUCCCAACCAUCCCCAUAACCACCACUCAGAUUUAGCUCCAGGCAUUGAAAAGCUGCUUGAGAAUGCCUCCCGACCUGCUUGUGCCGUAAUUGAUAUAAUGAUGGAUUGGACAGGAGAUACUUUCAAGAAAUUCAAGAUUCCAACAAUUGGGUUUUUCACGUCAGGUGCAUGUUCUGCUGCUUUGGAGUAUGCCAUGUGGAAGGCUCGCGUAGUGGAUAUCAAGCCUGGAGAGACCCGUUUGCUUCCUGGCUUGCCUGAAGAAAUGGCUUUGACAGAUUCCGAUCUUAAACAUGGCCCACCACCUGGACCACCGCCACCUGGGCAUGGCGGCUUCGGCUUCUCACGUGGACCUCCAGGACCACCACCACCGGGGCUUGGCGGCUUCGGCUUCCGGCGUGGACCAACAGGACCACCACCACAGGGGCAUGGCUUUUGCCCUGGGCCUCCAGGAGGGCCCGGUCAGCAGAAAGUGGGUCCACCCCAACCAGGUGGACAGCCACCCUGGAUGGAAGCUGCCAAUGACUCGGUUGCAUUGAUGCUAAACAGUUGCAACGAUCUUGAGGGUCCAUUUCUUGAUUAUUUAGGGAACCAAAUAGGGAAACCAGUUUGGGGUGUCGGCCCACUACUGCCCCAGCAGUUCUGGAAAUCGUCCGAUUCAUUGCUGCAUGAUCGUGAAAUCCGAGCCAACAAACAGUCCAACGUGACGGAGGAUGAAGUGAUGGAAUGGUUAGACUCAAAGCCUCGUGGAUCAGUGCUGUACGUGUCUUUUGGCAGUGAAGUUGCUCCCACCAAGCAAGAAUUCGAGCAAUUGGCUGAUGCAUUAGAAGCAUCAAACAGACCAUUCAUUUGGGUAAUCCAACAUGGAUCAGGCAGACCCGGUCCGCCACCUGGACCACCUCAGUUCUUAGGAAACCAACCUGGUUCUUGUGAUUCACACUUUGAAGAAGAGAGUUACUUCCCUCAUGGUUUGGACCAAAAGGUUGGUAAAAGAGGUCUGAUCAUCCACGGAUGGGCACCCCAGUUGUUGAUUCUAAGUCAUCCAUCAACGGCAGGGUUUCUCUCACAUUGUGGAUGGAAUUCUACGGUGGAAGCUAUCGGACGUGGGGUACCAUUGUUGGCAUGGCCUAUCAGGGGUGACCAGCACUACAAUGCCAAAUUGGUGGUGAAUCAUCUGAAAGUGGGGUGCAUGAUUUUUGACCAUCUAUCACAGCAGAUGAUCAAGAAGGAUGACAUAACCAAGGGGAUUGAGAAGCUAAUGGGAAAUGAAGAGAUCAAAAAGCAAGCUGUGAUGCUUAGCUCUAAAGUUCAUCGUGGUUUCCCGCCGAGUUCAGCUGCUUCUUUGGAUGCUUUCAAGGAUUUUAUUUUGUAAUUUCCCCUUAUUUUUUGCUGGGGAUUGUUUGAAAGGAAUAUUGUACUGUGGAGCCAGACAGACAUAUGAUCUUCACGAAAUAAUUUAGCAAAUACUUCACUAAGAUAUCUUUGGGGUA